AUGCUGACCAUGGUGUCCCAGGCACUGUUGUACAGUUUUCUCCUGAUCAAAGCGAGCGUCUUUGCGCAGGAAGUCGUGCCUUGGAGCAUCCCUGACGGCGCGAAGCCCAACUUCACCGAAGUCUACAACGAUGGCAACAGCAUCACCUGGUCAUGGCAGGCGCUCAAUCAUUCCAUGUCGGAUCUAUGGCUGACCAGUUACGAUCCGACGCUCUCGUACGCUGUCCGUAUCGCGUCAAACAUCAACAUCACCGAGCCCGGCACCCUACCAUGGACCAUCACGGUCAACCAGACCUUGAUAGAUAUUGACGACCGCUUCGUCCUUCGAUUUACCCUGACCGGCACCGACAUCUACCCUUUGUCACCGAGCCAGUUUCCCAGCCCGGCCUUCAUCGUCUUGAAACGCGGAGAAACGCUGGCCUCCACGAGCGUGGGUGCAACUGCUACAGUGUUGGGCGUAGAAAGUAUAACAAUCGAGAUCCCGACUGCGACUGCGGCUAGUACGAAUAUCACCUCGGUCGGUGCUGCAUCAUCAGUCCCAUCUGGCCUGCUAGACGGGAAUUCGUCCUCUGUCUCGCCGUCAUCUUCAUCUGGGUCGGGGCUCGGCACUGGCGCGAAAGUCGGUAUUGGUGUUGGCGUAGCGGCAUUGGUGGUUGUCAUACUCGGCUUAUGCUUCGUAGUGCUGCGGUUAUAUCGACGGCUCAAGGCGACUUCUAAUCGGCACUCACAAGGUAUCAUUCCUGACCAUCCCGAGAAAGACAACAUGACUUCCGCAAGCUCAACCCCUGCAGUCAGAGAAAUUUCGGGCUUGCACGAGGCAUUGGGAGAUAGAAGACACCCAACAGAGCUAGGGUCAAAACAAGAAUCAAGAAUAGCAGAGCUAGGGUCGAAACAUGAAUCACGAAUUGUUUUCGAAAUGCCAGGCUGA